AUGCUGUCUGGGCCUUGGGGUACGGACAUGAGAGCGUGGCGGGGAAGAAGGGGGGGGCUGAGGUGCGGCGGUUGUGCAUGGACGCCCGGUCGUUAUGGCCGAUUCACUGGGUGGCGGACGGUGGAGGCGGUUGAGAAGUCGGGGUGGUGGCUUGCCCGGUGGUGGUUUGGGGAUGAGAGACGGGCCAGGGGGGUGAGGGGAUCGAUGGUGGGCCGCAUGCGGAGGGGUAGCCUCCUCGGGAUGGGUUACAAGUAG